GCCGGAGCCACGACUACCUCACGCCGAGGCACCACCUUUCGGUAGCCCAAGCGGCCCUCAACGGCACCCUCAACGCGCAAGCCUGCGGCAUCCCAUGCUACUCCGACGCCCUCCACUGGAUCUCCCAGGCAACCUCGGCGGAGCAAGCCCGUCUCCAGGACGCGGCUAACCGCCAAUGGCGGCAGAGAUUCGCCACCUGGAGCAACGACCUCUGCAAUGACAUGACCAAUGGUGCCCCGACAACUACGACGGCGACGCGCACCAUCAACGCUGGAAGAUAUGCCGCGGACACCGUCUUCACGAAAUCCGACAAGGCCUUCGACUGGACACCCUCCUGGGACCAGUUCCGGGAAGCCAUCCAACGCGCCGAGGGUUGCCCUGGGCUUGACGGCUGGAGCCGUAAGGAGCUCCGCGCUCUGGCCCACUGGUUCCCGGCCAUCGUCCGCGAGCUGUUCGACCUCUGGUCCCUGUCCCAAGCCGUGCCCGAGCUGCCAGACGAUCAGCACGCCAACCGCUCUGGUGCCAGCGCCGCCCACGCCAUAGCCGCCUGGGACGCCAUGGCCCCGGCCACGGUGGUGGCUUGCCUCGCCCCUUGGCAGCCCCUAUCCUCUGGCCACGCCUUCAUGGAGGAUCGCGCGAUUGUCUCCACCUCGCCGGGCGCGCCGGCCACCGACAGUGCAGAUACUCAGAGCUUCGACCGACGAGUGGGUGGGCAAAGCUGGAAGCUGGAGACCUCCAUCGCCGUGCUGGCCCCCAUCCCAGGCAGCAGCCAGGUUCGCCUCAAGCUCGCCUUCGCCUACAUCCGUCCUUUGUGGCUCUGGGCGAGCCCACUGGUCAUCCCGCCGCCCAUCAAGUACGCGAGGACCCUGGCGCGAGCCGAGCACGUGGACGACUACUGGCGCUUCUGGUCGGCAUCCCCUGGUGCUCUGCACGUCCUGCGAGUUAUCGCACGCAUCCGUUGCCUACAAGCAGUGGUUCCUACGCGGCACGACGCGGAAGAAAUCUCCGACAUCGACGUCGAGAUGUGCUCGGCCAAGGCCUAUACGCGCUGGGUGGGUACACCCAGCGACACGGACAAGACGCUUCUCUCGAUAUUUCGCUCUGGUGCCGUCACCAGCGAGACUCGGAGACGAACCGG